AUGGUGCUGCCUCAGCUCUCGUACUGGGAUAGCAUUGGUGCCAUCGUUGCAGCUGCACUCGUCGUUCAUCUUAUCUUCAAGAGGACAGAGACGCACGAACCAGCUUAUGUUCUGCUCCUCCUUCUAGUUGUCCCAUCUGCCUUGACUUUGCUAUUCCUCCAACAUACUUCCAGCAUCUUCUAUGCCGCGUUUACGGUCUUCGGAGUCUACUGGACCUCCGUCUCGUCUUCAAUUCUGCUAUAUCGUGUCUCUCCAUGGCAUCCCUUGGCCAAGUACCCUGGCCCGUUGCUCUGCAAACUAAGCAAGUUUUAUCUGGCGUUCAAGGUGGCCCGUGGUGGAAAGCAGCAUAUCUAUUACAAGAGCCUUCAUGAAAAAUAUGGUGAUAUCGUUCGAGUCGGCCCCAAUGAGCUGAUUAUCUGCGAUGUCAAUGCAGUGAAUCCAAUAUUAGGCCCUACAGGCUUACCGAAAGGACCAUUCUGGGAAGGGCGUGUUCCCGAGCAAGAGGCUGUAAAGCCUUUAAUUGCGAUCAGAGAUAAGCAAGAGCACAAUCGUCGCAGGCGACCGUGGACAAGGGCAUUCAGUACUCCGGCGUUGAAAGGUUAUGAAAUUAUGGUUAGCAAGCGCUCCUUCCAGCUAAUGGAUGCGCUCGGAGCACAAAAGGGAAUUGUGAAUCUCACGCAAUGGGUUUCCUUCUUUGCAUACGAUAUCAUGAAUGAUCUGGCGUUUGGAGGUGGAUCAGAAAUGAUAAAGGAAGGAGAUGCGGACGGGCUUUGGCACCUCCUCGAGGCGGGUCAAAGGAAUGCCUUGUUCAUGAGCCAUGUACCCUGGCUUGGUGCUCUUUUCCUUCGAUUCCCGAGCUUUGCACAUGAUUUGAAGGCAUUCCGGACUCAUGCGAAGAAACGUGCAAUGGUGCGGAAGAACCAAGGAUCUCCUCAUAAAGACAUCUUUCAUCAUCUGAUGGACGAGGAUGGUGUAGCUUCCCAGCCCCCCUCUGUAAUCGAAGUAAUCAGUGAUGGUGGAUUGGCCAUCAUAGCAGGGUCAGACACGACGUCGACCGCUAUCAUCAACCUUUUUUAUUUCCUGAUGUGCCACCCAACGUCGUACAAGCGCCUCCAAGCCGAAAUCGAUGAACUGAGCGACAACGACAUCAUGGACUUUGCCAAGUUAGCCCAUUUGCCGUAUCUAAAUGGAUGCCUGAAUGAAUCCCUCCGCUUGUUACCGCCUGUAUUGAGCGGUUCGCAGCGUGCACCAGAGAGAGGAAGCGGAGGCAAGAUGAUAGGGCCAUACUUCAUUCCCGAGGGUAGCGCCGUUGUCAUUCCUAGCUAUAGUCUACAGAGAGAUCCACGGUGCUUCUCUCCCUUACCAGGUGGAUUCCUCCCUGAACGGUGGCUCCCAGAGGAUAAGAGAUCAGCUCUGGAGCCGAAGGUUUUCGACGGUCAGGAGUUCGUUCUAAACUUGACCGCCUUCGCACCGUUCUCUCUAGGGGUUGCAAAUUGCGCCGGGAAGAAUUUGGCUUGGAUGGAGAUGCGCAUGGUGGUUUCCUUGAUGGUCCAGAACUUUGAGAUGAAAUUUGCUAAAGGAUACAAUCCUCAGCAGUGGUACAACGACCUCACAGAUUACUUCGUCACCAUGAAGGGCGAACUCCCAACAAUCCUGACCCCUCGUAAACCAUCGAAUCAGUCCGUCAACCUGGCGGUGUAG